UUUCCCACCCCCUUGUCCUUUUCCUUGCCAAAAUGGAGUUGAAAUGGAUAAAUACGGCUGCCCAACUUGUCAAUGCAUAUGUCCCCUGAGAAAGUGCAAGCCAUGUCCUAACGGUUACAAAUUUGAUGAACAAGGUUGUCAAACAUGUGAUUGCGUAUGUCCCCUGAAAAAGUGCAAGCCAUGUCCUAACGGUUACAAAUUUGAUAAACAAGGUUGUCAAACAUGUGAUUGCGUAUGUCCACUAAGAAAAUGCACGGUAUGUCCUAAAGGCUACCAAUUUGACCAACAGGGCUGUCAAACAUGCGAUUGCGUUUGUAGCGCACCCAGAUGUUCUAACAAAUGCGAAAAUGGAUUUGAAAAUGAUAAGUAUGGUUGCGCAACUUGUAAAUGCAGUUAAGCAAAAAUAUUUGGAAAUAGUUUUUUUUGCCUAAAUGCUGUUUUUGUGGA